AUGCAAAACUGUUAUAUCUUGAAUCACACAUACAAUAUGGAAGGGGAAACUCGGUGUAUGGGAGAUAUUAUAUACACACCUCCUGAACCUGAAGGUUGCGAGAAAAUGGAGUCCGAUGUUUACACAUUUGGUGUGAUCUUGCUUGAGCUUUUAACUGGUUCGAAAGAUACAAUUAGAAAUUCGAAAAGCUCAACAAGCUCACAUGAUUGGAUAUCUUCUUUAUUGUCCGAUGAUACGAUUGGAGAAAUAGUCGAUCUACGACUUGGGAACAAUUAUCCUGUGAAUGCAGUGACACAGAUGGGCACACUCAUUAGAAGAUGCACCAAGUUGCACAUGAAGAAACGACCAUCGAUGCAACAAGUCUUGGAUACUCUGAAUUAUAUUGCAGAGAUCAAAGAUUAA